CGGAUUUCGACAUGCGUGCAUAGAGACGCGCGCCUGUGGCCAGCACUGUCUUGUUCGGCAGUGGCUCAAGUGUAUCAUUAUUCUUGCCUCGCCAUCAUCGGAAAAUUGUGAACUCAUUUCGGCCGCUCUACCAUGGCCUAUGCACCAGGACAGCAGAUGAUGCAACCAACCAAGUCGACAUUGGCGCCGUAUUUGGGGAACAAGAAGGCGAUACUUGUGAAGCAGACGCCGCGGGGGUGCUGCCAGGAGUGUAUGGGUUGCGAGGCCAAGUCUGAGUAUAAGAUCUCGGCCAUGGAUUUCAGCUAUAUGGAGACGGGAGGCAUCCUCAAGGAGGGUGCUAUGACGCAACCAGAUGAGAUGUACGCACUGGAGCAGUCAAGCUUCUGCAUGCGUUGCUGCUGGCGCGAUGGGCGCGCCAUGAGCAUCAGCGUGUCCCAAGGGGGAGAGUCCGGAGGAGCUCCCAUCAUCGACUACGUGAAGCCGUGCGGGUGCCCGCUGAAUUUUUGUAUCCCGAUUGGAGAAGAUGCAACGUUGGAGGUCCCUUGCUGCUGCUGCCUCCCAGAGCUCACGACUGAGGUUGAUGGAGUGGAGCUCAAGUCCAAGUACAUCUGCGACGCGUACUGCUGCGUGUCAAAGUUCGCCUACCUGGAGAAUGGGAACGAGAUUUACAGGCUCAAGCCAGACACCUGUUGUGGGGGAUGCUGCCCAACAUGCAGGUUCUCAAAAAAGAAGCCGAUGAUUCCGUAUUUCUUCUACGACACCGAUGGCAAUCGGAUUACCGACGGGAUGGACGACGACAACAUGCAACCGCAAAUCCGCAAGGUCUGGGGUGGGUUAUACAAAGAGUGUUGCUCAACGGCAGACACCUUUGCUGUGUUCUUCCCAGAGGGCGCCGACGAGAAGCGGAAGGCCGGCCUGCUUGGCCUCACAUUUUUGUUGGAUUUCACGGUCUUCGAGCGCCAGGGUCAGGACGCUGCUUGAGCGGAGCCAUUGGACACACCAACCCGCUGGACUACAAGCAUUUCAGGAGAGGACGGGGACGCGUUCGUGGUGUAUUGCUUGCAGACGUAAGGACGGGCAAUUGUUCUCCCUCCUCCCCCUCUCCCUGUCGCCCCCCUCCCCUUCCCUCCCCUCCCCCCUCUGCGAAGUGUCACAAAGCUUUCAAACUCGUCGUGCUUUUUUCCAGAAUCGUGCCCCGCCCGUUCUGAUUUGACUGGUCCUCUGCUGCUGCCUGACCAGGGCAGUAUGCAGUGCCAGGUCUGGCGCGUCGGCGCGAGAUUUCGCGAGGGCUGCUUUGCCCAUCCAGAAUAAUUGCAUGAUCUGGCAGUGCUCGUGGGCCUACGAGGGUUGUUGACCGCUUCCGACAUGCGCGCGGCUGUCGCCCUGAGGGUAUCGUUGCACAUUCCGGCAAACACAGUUGUUGCCUUAUGAUUUUGUCGCGAAGAAUUUUGAUAUCGCUUCCGCUGGAAAAGCACUUUUUCCCGGGAAAGGUUCUGGCCCAGGGUUCGUUUUUGGGCUUGCGGGCCACAGGCCCUCCACGCGCACGUGCGCUCGGCCGAACCAGGGGGGGUCCCAACAUGCGAUCGGCGCGUGCGCGCGGGCCACGUGUUUUCACGCGUUUCGGGCCACGACGUGGCUGCAAGCCAGGGGCCCAACUUGCAGGUGCCGAGGUCUUUACCCGCU